GUUUAAAACUGUUAGGUCGCUGCUGCCGGGGAAGCGGCUGCGCUUGCUGUGGUCGCAGGGGGCAACGCCGCGGCAGCCCCGCCGAGGAGCGCGGAUCGGCGGGCACGUUGAUUGAACCAAUGGAUGUGGAAGCCACGGACAGUGAGUGCUGACCCGCUGUGCAUCCUCACCUUCACCCUGUGCUUCGGACAACCUCAUACCCAACACAUCUCACGUUGACUUCAUCGUCCUUCUUCCCAACCUGCUUAUCUUCUUGAACUCGUUGCUUUGUCUUUGUGCAGAAUGUCAUCGGAUGAGGACAAGUCCUCGCUUCUGGUUAUGCCAAAUGGCUCCGAUCAGAGCAGUUCUGUCUCUGCAGACCUUCAGGCAGAGUAUGAAGAACUGCUUCGCUAUGCUAUUGUGACUCCAAAUAGUGAAUCCCGUGCUCCACUGCCGUGCCAUGCCAAGGGAGAAGUUGUCCCCGAUAGACCUCCUACUACAGGAAGUAGCCCUGUGGUAAGAGAAACUGCAAUGGAAGUUGGAAAAGGCUGUGAUGUUAACAUUUCAAGUCGUUCAAAGACAGCGCCGUCUCCAGUGCUGUCGCCCAGGAGGCCGUCGCACCCAGUCAUGGAGUUUUUCAGUUCGCAUCUUUUAAGUGAUUCUCCCGUACCAGCUUCGAAUUCCACCCACGCAGACGCCCAUGAAAUAAUUGUGGGCGAGUAUCUUGUUUCUGACGAAAACCUUCACAAAAUGGAAAAUGUGCUUGAUGUUUGGAGCUCGGGUCUUAAGACAAAUAUCAUAUCUGAACUAAGUAAAUGGAGACUUAAUUUCAUUGACUGGCACCGAAUGGAGAUGAAAAAAGAGAGAGAGAAGCAGGCAGUGCACAUGAAGCAGCUGCUGGACCAGAUCAACGACUUGAAGGAGCUGCAAAAAACCUUCGAAAUUUCCAUUGGGAGAAAAGACGAGGUGAUUUCCAGCUUGUCCCAUGCCAUAGGCAAGCAAAAGGAAAGGAUAGAGUUGAUGAAAACAUUCUUCCACUGGCGCAUUAGCCACGUCAGAUUAAGACAGGACAUAUAUGAAGGCAGACUGGCUGAGCAGUACUUCCAAAGAGCGCUGCUGAAGAAAGUGUGGAGGGGCUGGCGCUCCGUGGUGCAGAGGCGAUGGAAAGAGGUGGUAGAACGGGCGUGUCAAGCGAGAGCCGAAGAAGUAUGCAUCCGGAUUUCCAAUGAUUAUGAAGCAAAAAUGGCUAUGUUAUCUGAAGCUUUAGAAAAUGCCAAAGCAGAGAUUCAAAGGUUGCACCAAGAGAAAGAACACUUUGAGGAUUCCAUGAAGAAAGCCUUCAUGAGAGGGGUGUGUGCAUUAAAUCUCGAAGCCAUGACGAUAUUUCAGAACAAAAACGAUGCAGGGCUAGACUUGCCAAAUCCUAAACAGGACGAGGGUGUCCCUGGCGGCCAAGGAAAGGAAGCUCUGGCUCACCUGGACCUGUCUGCGUCUACAAUGCCCUCAACGGUUCCUUCGCAGCUGCUGCCUUCUGCAGCGACAGCUGGGGUGACCAGCACCACUGCUGUUGCCUCUGCUGCUUCCUUGACUUCCGCGGGAGCCACGUCUGCCUCUUCUGUUCACGUUCCCGUCUCAGUUCUCGGUGCAGGAUCCACAGCUUCUGCUGCCCCAGAAGAAAUGUACGUACCAAGAGUUGUAACUUCAGCACAACAAAAACCUGGAAGAACAAUUACAGCCCGGAUUACAGGAAGAUGUGAUUUUGCUUCAAAAAAUAGAAUUAAUAGCAGUUUAGCUAUAAUGGGAGUGUCUCCUCCCAUGAGCUCAGUUGUUGUGGAAAAACAUCAUCCAGUCACAGUGCAAACCAUUCCUCAAGCAGCUGCUGCCAAAUAUCCACGGACCAUUCAUCCUGAAAGUAGUACAUCGGCUUCCAGAUCUCUCGGAACCAGGUCUACCCACACCCAGUCUCUCACAAGCAUUCAGUCCAUCAAAGUGGUGGACUAGAGGGAGCACUUUCACACUGAGAGCUCCUCGUUCUUCUGGGGAAGACCUUACCGGGUUGGGAGUCUUUCGUUUUGAACGCUUCCGUCUUGUUAGAACAUCAUGGAUUCAUCAUGUUCAUAUCUUCAAAAUUAUAAGAGACUUUCUAAGCUAUGCCAUCUUUUGUAACUAUAUGUAGAAAUUAUUUAAUGUUACUUUUAUUUAAACAAUUAAGUAGAACUUUUUAAUUAAAAUUUUCCAUUUUUUAAUAUAUUCAUCCUGUCACUGAUUAUAUCACCAAAGUGUAUAAAUCUGGUUUUCUGUACAUUAUUUAUAAAAAACUAAGAAAGUUUGAAUGAGAGCUUUACUGAU